GCUGCGGAGCUUAAUUUGAUCGGUAUGGAGACAGCACCCGGCCCAUGGCCAUGGCUGCCCCAACGGCCUCACGUUCAAGUGCACAGGGUGCACAGCCAGGGCCUGGAGGCUCCAAGCUUCGAGAGUUUCAAGAGGACCAGCUUGCGGCUCGGCACAAAGACUGCCGAUAUGUGCUGCCAUUCUGUGUUCCCUCUUGGAUUCUAUACAUUUGCCCGCUUGAAUUCCAACUCAAGGUGGCGAAAGUUAGCAAGAAAUAGAAUUGUGAGAUCCGCGACGCGACCACCGGUGGAGGAAAAGCUGGAAGUUGAAACUCUGCAUUCCUGGCUGCGUUCCAAUGCUAAAGUUGUGAUGGCAGUGACCAACAAAGGACUCGAGGCGCCAGUGGCACGCGAGCUGAGACUGUUCCAUGGCGUUGAGAGUGUUGUACUGGGCAAUCGCUUGUACUUCCCCUGGCGUGGGGAAGGUCGGUGCCCCGUGGUGCAUGGUGCCAGCCGAUUGUAUGCUGUAUUUGCCGUGAUUGCCGGGGAGGAUCUUGCCAAGUUGAGACGAUCAGAAGAUCUUCAUGCAGCGUUUGAACACUUUGUGGAGGAUGCUGCACGUCUGCGACUACGACAGGUGCUUCCACCCUACAUGGUGCUUUGUGCAGAGAACGAGGAAGAUCCUGGUGCAAAUCCACCUGGCCGAAAGAUUCGCUUUGCAGCCAAGUGCCGUGUUGGUCAAGGAGGUGCUGAAAAGCUGGCCUUGGGCCCCAAGGCAGUCAGGAGCUCAUUGCUCGAAUGGCUCGAAUUGCUCGAACAGACACGUUUCGACCUGCUAGGAUGCAGAACCUACAUGGAUCUACAUGGACCAAUUAUAAAUAAAUAA